AUGGUGUUGUACGCAACCGGGUUUAAUGCCUGGAACCAAUUGCAAUUCGAAACUCCUGGUGUCGACGAGCCCGAUGACAUCUCGUCCUUCACUUGCGUGUUGCAAGGGGACGAUGAUGACUGCAUUCGCCCUUUUUUCUCAUACACUCGAGCCCAUGACGGCAAGGACACCUUCAACCAAUACCCCUCCAUCAACGCCCUGCUCUCCAACAACGACCAACCUCACCGCUUUUCCGACUUCCCCAACAUAACCCAGCUGGUUGCCUACGAAGCCGGCUUCGCGGCCCUCUCAUCAACGGGCAACGUCUGGACAUGGGGUGACGAGCGGUACACGGCCUGCCUGGGCAGAGAGCCAACCGCUUCCAGCCCCGCAGAAAGGCCCGGCCUCGUCAGCGACCUGGACGACCUGCCCACCGGGCCCAUCACCAAGAUCGCGGCAGGCGGUUACGUUCUGGCCGCACUGACGGCGGGGAACGACCUCUACUGCUGGGGCCACGCGGGGCGUUCCACCAUGCUGGACGAUCUCUCAGACGACCCGAAUCCCGUGGUGAUCGACGACAAGGACAUCCUCGACGUCGCGGUAGGGGAAAGCCACAUGCUCGUGCUGACCACCGACGCGGAGGUGUACGUGGUUGGCGACAACACGAACGGGCAGCUCGGUUUGCCGGGGACAGACUCCACCACAAGCUGGACGCGCAUCGACUUGGCCUCCGUACUCGGCGCGGGGGAGACCGUCACGGGUGUGGUAGCGGGGCCGAGGAACUCGUUCUUGAUCGCCCAGCGACAGUCCGGAGAAUGCCAGUGA